UAAGAUGUAACAUCUGCCUCCAUUAUAGAGUAUUUUUGCAUGCACACAUAAGUUCUAAGUUCAUACUAACGUUAUAUGAUGUAGGAUUUAUUUUUUGUUUGCUUUGGAGUUUUCUGGAGACAGGUAAAAUCAGGGAAAACGACAGCAUCUGAUUUGAGCACACAUCUGAAGUGGCUUUCUCUCAGAAGCACCGGUGAAAAAAGAUGGAGAUAAACACUGGUGUGUCCAAUGGAGCAGGAGCUGUGUACGAGGAGAAAGAAGAUGCCCUCAGUCCUGAGGAUCUGUCAGAGAUGUUGUCAGCGGGAACUAAGGAGGUUCACGAAAAGGCAGAAAACACCCAGUUUGUGAAAGAUUUCCUUAAGGGACGCAUCCGCAAAGAGCUCUUCAAGCUUGGCGCCGUGGCACUCUACUACACUUAUACAGCCAUGGAGGAGGAGAUUGAAAGGAACAAAGACCACCCCCAUUUUGCCCCUCUAUAUUUUCCUACAGAGCUGCACCGCCACGAGGCCCUGGCCCGGGACCUUGAGUACUUUUAUGGCCCCGACUGGCGCAACCAGGUCAGCUGCACCCAGGCAACCCAGCGCUACGUUGACCGUAUUCAUCAAGUCGGCCAGGAGGCCCCGGUUCUGCUGGUGGCCCAUGCCUACACUCGCUACAUGGGGGACCUCUCCGGGGGGCAGGUGCUGAAGAAAGUGGCACAGAGAGCCAUGAAGCUGCCGUCCACCGGGGAGGGCCUUGAAUUCUACCAGUUUGAUGGCAUCCACAGUGCGAAGGCAUUCAAGCAGCUGUACCGUAGUCGGAUGAACGAGCUGGAACUGGAUAUGGAAACAAAGAAGAGGCUGGUAGACGAGGCUGUCAAGGCCUUCCAGUUCAACAUGGAGGUGUUCGAGGAGCUGGAGGAGAUGGGCAAAACCAUCCAGGAGGACGUGUUGGACGCUGGCAUGCCCGUCCACGGAGCAAUGGGUGGAGACAUCAACAAGUGUCCCUACUACGCUGCCAAAAUGGCGGCAUCGGGUGGAACGGCCUACGCCUCGCAGCUCGCCAUGGCCGUGCUCCGACACCCGACCGGGCAGGUGCUGGUAGCCACUUGGUUCGCCGCUCUGGCCGGAUUUGCCGCCUGGUAUCUCAUGUGAUCCGGGGCUGCCGCCUUGUUUCCCUCUGCCACCGGCAGAGAAAGGACAGCGAUUCCAUCGAGCCGUACGCCAUUUCCUUGUUUGACACAAACGGGUCCAAGUUUAUUCAAUGUUGCGUGUUCGCCCACAAGAGCGGUUGACUGGUAAAUAAACUCGGAGCUGAAUCUUGUUGAUGGAAUUCCCGUAAAAUGUUUGGUAGAACCUUUUAGUCGCCAUCUUCAACCAUCCAUUCACCAAGCUGCACCGUGUCACCAUUUAUCCUCCUCUCUUUUUUAUUCUUCUACCUCCUCUGCACUAACCCUCCAUAAAUGUUAACACCUCACUUAUCAGGAAGGUACAUUGCCUCCUUUGAUUUAAAAUCUACUGCCGGGUGGGCGAGCAAAGUGACGUUGAUGCUGCCUGUGUGUGACUGUCUGAACAGGGAUUGAGUCACGGUGAAACACACUUUGCAUAUGUUGUGCACGGUUAGUGUGCCUGGCAUGAAUCCAAUAGCAAGCAGUGUGUUUUUGCAGGGCAGAUCGCCGUGUUAAAUUUGAAUGGGGCUUCAAUUUCUUUUGCAUUCAAAGAUGCUUAUUCGACCAGAGAGGAAGUAAUUGUAUGAUAAUAUAGUAUUUUUUCACCUACACACAAACACCCUGACGAGGGUAUGAUUAACAAACAAAUUUCAGUGAACAUGCCAGAUCUCUGAAUCUGAUGCAUGUUCGAAUGUACUAUUAUUCUGUUUCAGAUGUUAUGAAACGUCAUGUGUUUUUAUGACAAAAACCCGCCUAUUGUUUUAUAUGCAAAGCUUAACUAAACAAGAUGGCUGAUUCAGUUUGACCUGCCAAAGGAGCCUAUAUUAGGACCAAGGUGUUCACAGAGGUGAUCGCAGCUCUUUUAAAAAACGAAAUGGUCUUAUUCUAAUGUAAAGGAUUGUCUACAUGAAGGCUAGAUGUCUCUUGAGUGCCAUUGUUGAUUAAGAACUACGUCAAUGUCCUUCAGCACGCCCAGACCUUGUUUAUGUAUCCAUUUGACAUGGAUAUACCUGCACGUAUCAUCACUAAAUCUGUAAUCAUUAUUCAUUUUUUGUUCAUACUGUAAAGUGUGGGUUCAACCUUCCCGGUAAUGCACAACUGUCUUUCAGGAGGAUUAUAUUGUUCAGUGUAAAUGCUUGCGGUGUCAUUGGAAGUUUAAUAUUUAUCCUCGUACAGUUACACUUUGACCUUUUUGCUUUUUCUCCUGAAAACCGACUUUAGCUU